CACUUCAAAGCGAUCGCACGUAUUUUGCUAGAGAUGGUCAAGCAAGUGGAUUUUGCGGAGGUGAAGCUCAGUGAGAAAUUUCUCGGAGCUGGAUCUGGUGGAGCGGUGCGCAAAGCCACCUUUCAAAAUCAGGAGAUUGCAGUAAAGAUAUUUGAUUUCCUUGAGGAAACAAUCAAAAAGAAUGCAGAGAGGGAAAUCACACAUUUGUCGGAGAUCGACCACGAAAACGUUAUCAGGGUGAUCGGGAGGGCCAGCAAUGGAAAGAAGGACUACUUGUUGAUGGAGUACCUGGAGGAGGGGUCCCUCCACAACUACCUCUAUGGCGAUGACAAGUGGGAGUACACCGUGGAGCAAGCGGUUCGCUGGGCACUCCAAUGCGCCAAGGCCUUAGCAUACUUGCAUUCGUUGGAUCGACCGAUUGUUCACCGCGAUAUUAAGCCGCAAAACAUGCUUUUAUAUAAUCAGCAUGAAGACUUAAAGAUUUGUGACUUUGGCCUGGCGACGGAUAUGUCCAAUAAUAAGACCGAUAUGCAAGGAACAUUGAGGUAUAUGGCUCCCGAGGCCAUUAAGCACUUAAAGUAUACGGCUAAGUGUGAUGUGUACAGCUUUGGAAUAAUGCUCUGGGAGCUGAUGACACGUCAAUUGCCAUAUAGUCACUUGGAAAACCCCAACAGCCAGUACGCCAUUAUGAAAGCUAUCAGUUCAGGCGAAAAACUUCCAAUGGAAGCAGUAAGAUCCGAUUGCCCAGAGGGUAUCAAGCAAUUAAUGGAAUGUUGCAUGGAUAUAAAUCCCGAAAAGCGCCCCUCUAUGAAGGAGAUCGAAAAGUUCCUUGGCGAACAGUAUGAAUCCGGCACUGACGAGGACUUUAUCAAGCCUUUGGAUGAGGAUACCGUGGCUGUGGUGACCUACCAUGUGGAUUCGUCCGGCAGCAGGAUAAUGCGUGUUGAUUUCUGGCGACAUCAGUUGCCAUCGAUCCGCAUGACUUUUCCGAUAGUGAAACGGGAAGCCGAAAGAUUGGGAAAGACCGUUGUCAGAGAAAUGGCCAAGGCGGCGGCGGAUGGAGAUCGGGAAGUUCGGCGGGCUGAGAAGGACACGGAGCGUGAAACCUCGAGGGCUGCCCACAAUGGAGAGCGGGAAACGCGGAGAGCGGGUCAGGAUGUGGGUCGUGAAACUGUACGGGCGGUCAAGAAAAUAGGAAAGAAACUGCGCUUCUAACCAGAAAUAUGAUUAUUAAUUCGUUAUGCUAAUGUGCGAGGAAUGAUUAAUAAAGCCGACUGCAUGCAGAGAGUCCUCUCGGCAGCAGCAGCAACCCUUUCACAAAGG